UUUGGCGGAGUCCUGAUCUGAAGUCAGUGGAAAACCUGCUCUCUCCAUCAGUUCCUGGGUCGUCCCAAAUCCUCUCAUCCUGUUGGGGCAGCAGCAGAGUGCGGGAGCGAGCGCGGGCGCCCGGCAAAUGCGCACAGCACCGGCGGCGAGAUGACGGGGGCUGCGAAGGCGCCGCAGCCGCAGCCGCAGCCGCAGGCGGCGCUGCUGCCCCCAGAUGGCGGCUGGGGGUGGGUCAUCGUGGGCGCGCAGGCGCUCAGCAACUUCAUUAUGGUGCCCAUCAUGCAGUCGUUCGGUCUGCUAUACCGAGACAGGUUCAAGGAGAUCAACAUGCCCGCCACAGACAUCUCCGUCAUCAUGAACGUCAACUCUGCCUUCGGCAUGACACUGGGCCUGUUCAGCGGUCCGAUGCUGCGCCGCUUCGGCUACCGCAAGGUGGCGAUAACGGGCGGCCUGCUGUCCUCCUCGGGCGUCAUUCUCACCAGCUGGGCCUACAGCUUCACGCAUUUCCUCAUCACUUACAGCAUCAUCACCUCGGUGGGGAACCAGAUGCUGACGGCGGCGCUGAGCCUGGCGUUCAACUCGUACUUCAAGGAGCUGCGCAGCCGCGCGGCCGGGGUGUCCAUCUCGCUGAUGGGUCUGGGCCCGGUGGUGAUGCCGCAGCUGGUGACGCUGCUGCUGCGCAACUACAGCACCUCGGGCGCCGCCCUUAUCAUCGGAGGUCUCUCACUGCACAGCGUGGUCGCCGCGCUGCUGCUGCAGCCCGUGCGUUGGCACAUGAAGCCCGCGCCGCCGGACCCGCAAGCAGAAAACAAAAACGAGGCGGUGGAGGAGAAGAAGCUGGAGGUGACAGAUAAGGAGACUCCGCUGGAGAAAGACAAGGACGCGGAGAGGCAGCCGGACGGCACCGCCUCCCACAGGCGCCGCACCAGCACCGUGUGCUCUGUCGAUGUUGACCCGGACAUCGACUCGCACUCCGUGUACGGCUGGGAGACGCCCGCCACCUCGCACAAGGCCUUCGGCUCAACGCUCAGCGUCAGCCAGCGGCGGAUGUCCCUGCAGCGCAGCGUGUCGGUGGCGGAGGAGGAGCAGCGGCCGAAGCCGGCCAAGCCGUGGUGGGCCUCCGCCUCCGUGGAGAGCGUCCACCUGGGCAGCAGCGUCCGCAUCUUCGACGAGAAGCCCUACCAGAGGCUCCCCACGGUAGAGCCAGCAGCAGCCCGCGAGAACCACGUCGACGGCAGCAGCAAGGACGCGGCUGCUACUGCCAAUGGCAUUGCUGCUGGCCCACCCCCACCAACGACGUGCUCGGGGAGGAUGCGGCGCUGGAUGCAGGCGGUGGUGCGCUUCUUCGACCUGGACCUGCUGCGCGACCCCACCUACGUUGUGCUCAUGGUGGGCAUGUCGCUAGCCAUCCUCGCCGAGCUCAACUUCUCGCUCUUCACGCCGCUCAUCAUGGAGGGCUACGGCUUCGACAAGCAGCAGACAGCCACCUUCAUGUCCAUAAUCGGCAUCACCGACAUCAUCUUCCGCUUCGUGUCGCCCUUCGUCGGCGACUACCUGGGCUUGGGAGCGCAGACCAUGUACCUGGUGGCUCUCCUCAUGCUCAUCACCUCACGCACAUCACUCAUAUUAUUCCACGACUACAUACCAGCUCUCGUUGUAGCUGGAGCUCUUGGAGUGGCUAAGGGUUUCAGAACUGUCUACAUGUCAAUUGUCAUUCCUAAUUAUGUUCCUAUUGAGAGGCUGGCAUCUGCUAAUGGACUACAAAUGGUGGUCAAUUCAUUUUUUAUUCUAGCUUCAAUUCCAAUGAUGGGCUACAUUCAGAAAGCUACAGGAAGCUACAGCAUGUCAAUUGCAGCACUCAACCUUAUAACCUCUCUCACUGUAAUACUAUGGACUUCCCAGCUGGUUAUUCGAUGGUACAAGAAAAAGAAACGUGGAGCUAAUAAGGAAGCUGCAUAAGUUAAUUUGUACUGAGAAAACUUGGUCUGAAAAAGACAUUCUGCUGUUCACACAAGACAUCACUCUCUGUGAUAUUAUUUAAUGAACGAUAUUUCCUCUUGUUGUAACA